AUAUCGCUUCCUCCACUAAUACCAGCAAUUUCAAAUCAAUUGUCAUGCAAUGCUAAGUAUGGGUCUAAGUAGGACUAAACUAACCUAAGAGAAACGUUGGGUAAGAAAUUGUCGAGUUUGGUCGAGUUGUAUUCGCUCUUUAUCACUGUCAUUAAGAUUAUUCGUUCCACCUUGUUUCCUCGCUACUCAUUAUAUAAGGUCGUAGAAUAAGUAUUUUACGUAGCUCGCAUUGGAAAGAAGGGAAAGCAGAUAACGAUGUCGAUAUAUUAUUCGUUAGACUGGAAUAGUCGCUCGGAUGUGGAUGGAAAUGAGCGAGAAUACCACAGGAAAAAGUGCUCGCGUGAAAAUCUUAUUCUUCGCGAAAGCACGUGAAUUGUCAGGAUUUAAGGAGUCGGAGAUUGUUGUGCCGGUCCUCAUCUCAUUUAUCGAGCUAAAGGACCAGGUAAUCGAGAUUUUCAAUUUGGAAACCAUUCGAGAUAUCGUGAUAUUGGCUGUUAAUGAAGAGUUCGUCGAACCCGACGCUUUUCUCAAAUUGACCGAGAAGGACGAAAUAGCAGUUAUUCCACCGCUUAGCGGAGGUACGAGUUUUUCUUAA